AUGGAACACAUUCGAACAGGGAAACCUGGUACCUUCUUUGUAGACGGCCCAGGAGGAAUGGGGAAGAUGUACCUUUAUCAGGCGCUAUAUGCAGAAGUCCAUUUGAUGAAUAAAAUUGUUCUCCCUGUAGCAACGUCAGGUAUUGCUGCAGCAAACAUAGUCACUGGUCGAACGACUCAUUCUCGGUUUAAAAUACCUCUUGAUCAUACUGUUUCGAAGGCUUGCAACGUGUCCAAGCAAAGCGGGCUCGCAGCGCUUUUGAAAGAAACUUCCUUGAUCAUCUGGGACGAGUCUUCAGUGGCUCGGAAGGAAAACAUAGAAUCACUUGACUUACUGUUGCGAGACUUAUGUGACCCCAAUGUCUCAUUUGGAGGUAUAGUUGUAGUCUUUGGUGGUGGUUUCCGUCAAGUUUUGCCAGUUGUGCCACAAAAAACUCAAAAUGAGGCUGUUGAAGCUAGCCUUGUGUCAUCUAUCCUAUGGCCCACAUUUACCCGGUUCAGCCUAACUGAAAAUAUGCAUGCACGAGAAGACCAGCCAUUUUCUGAGUUCUUACUUGACCAUGGGAAUGGAUCGCUGCAAACAAUUGAAAUUGCAUCUGUUCAAAUACCGCCAGAGAUUGUUUUGCCAUUUGAUCCAAAUUCCAAUUGUGUGGAUGAGCUCGUGAGAAACGUUUUCCCAGAGAUAAGUGUAGGUCCAUUUCUAAUAACUUCUUCACAGGCCGGGCAAUUUUAA